UUUGAUUUAGUUUAGUGUGAGCUGAUCAGCGUACGGUUGAGCCAUGGACUUAAGCAGAAAUUUGUUGCUGUUUUUGGGAUUUAUUUCAAUGUCUAAUAUUGCGUUUUCCAUCUGCAUUCCGCCAAAUCACUGCAUUGAAGAUAUGGAGGAUAGCGAUGCCAUGGAACGAUUCGACUAUGUCCUGGACAAAUAUGAAGAGCUGAAAAUGAAAAUCCCCGGCAAACCAAUUGGCUUGCAUGGCAAAGUGGUUACGCAUGGCGAGUCGGAGGAGCAGCACUUGGUGUUCCACUACAUGGACAAUACGCCGCUCGACGUCAUCCAGACUUGCGCCUUUGUGGUCACCCGGAAUCCCGGCGAGUGCGAAACCAUCCGGACAUACUGCUCGGCCUUUCUGGGCCGCCUGCCACGCCCACUGCUGGAGCGCCAGCCCAUCGCCGUCUGCGAUGACGGAGUUCGAGUGGCCGAGGAGGAACCGGAACCGGAAGACGACCCGGAUGCUGAUGCUGAGCAGGGCCAGGGGGGAGGAGGGGGGUGGCCAGUCGGAGACCACAACAGCGGAACCGGCCAGCUCCAAGUUGAGUGAGUUCUACUAAUUUCCAUAAGCGGUUGGAGUACCCUCUUCUAUAUUUCACAAUAGGAUUUAAGGCAUUUCAAACGCAAUUCAUAUUCAAUUCAUAUGAGGUUAGCAUUUAUUUGAAUUCCUGUAAAAAUUUAUUUUUA